AUGACUGUACCUUCGAGGCAUCCUGUGGACCACGGUAAUGCCGCGGAGUCAUUGUUGAGACCGGUAAAGCGGAUGAAAAUGGCACAGUCAUCGAACGACCGCACCGAUCCGGACGAAGACGGCACAGUCACAUCUGUCAAAAGGCAUCCUUUGGGCGUGCGGCCAUCUGGAAAUGCGUACACAUCAAGCGUCAAUCUGAAAGACUCAUGCGGACUUUUCGCCACUCUGCCAGACGAGCUUAUUGCCCAAUUUCUCGAAGGACUUGAGCCUCCCGAUCUCUUGRGACUUGGAGGCACAUGCCGCGCUUUACAUGCGUUCACGAGGAACGAAGAGCUGUGGAGAGCCUUAUUUGUUGAGUCGCCUCCUGGAGAUUUCCAGUGGAAAGGUACAUGGAGGUCAACAUACCUCUCUCAAUCAGAUCUUGAGCCUCAAGUCGACUGCUCCAACCUGUUCUCAGACGUCUUGCAUCGACCUUUUUUCUGUGCUCAUGUCUCUCUCGAUCCUUUCACCUCCAACAUUCCCAAGCAGAAUGAGAUUGCACGCUUAAAGAAUCUCACCUAUGAUGAGUUCGCCGCAGAGUGGUACAGUAGGCCGUUCAUACUGACGGAGCCGGUCAAGCAGUGGCCUGUGUACCAGAAUUGGUCUACUGAGGAGCUCCUGAAGAAGUACGCGGAUGUAACGUUCCGAGCUGAGGCGGUCGAUUGGAAACUCAAAACCUACGUCGAGUACAUGAACAACAUUCAGGAUGAUGAGAGUCCACUCUACCUAUUCGAUCGCUCUUUUGCUGAGAAGAUGGAUCUGAAGAUCACCGACUCUCCAACUCCAGAUUCUGACUAUUGGCCACCGACCUGCUUUGGACCAGAUCUCUUCUCUCUCUUAGGUGAUCAACGUCCCGACCACCGCUGGCUCAUCAUCGGUCCCGAGAGAAGCGGUAGUACGUUCCACAAAGAUCCAAACGCAACAAGCGCGUGGAACGCACCUUUAAGAGGAAGCAAAUACUGGAUCAUGUUCCCCUCAUCCCCCUCCCUCCCACCACCACCCGGCGUCUACGUCUCUUCAGACCAAAGUGAAGUCACAAGUCCUCUCAGCAUCGCAGAAUGGCUACUCGGCUUUCACGCCGAAGCUCGCCGCACACCUGGCUGUCACGAAGGAAUCUGUCGUGAAGGGGAAGUCUUGUACGUACCCUCUGGCUGGUAUCAUCUCGUCUUGAACCUGGAACCUAGCAUUGCUUUGACCCAAAAUCUGGUUCCGAGAAGUCGGAUCGGAGCUGUACUGCACUUCUUGCGCGAUCAGAAGCAGAGUAUCAGUGGGUUCAGCGACGAUGUGGAAGAUCCUUUUGCAUUAUUCGUGGAGCGGCUGAAGGAACAUGAUCCGGAGCUUCUUAAGACUGGGUUGCUAGAGGCAGAUAGAUUGAGCAAGACUGGGAAACGGUGGGAGGAGUUGACUAAAUGUACUCUCGAUGAUGAGGAUGCUGGCGAGGGCGGUGGAUUCUCGUUUGGGUUUGGAGGUGGCGACGACGAUGAUGAGGUGCCUUGA